AUGCUACAGUCCUCUAAACCUUCAAAUGCAUGCUUGAGGUGCAUUUCCCAGGGCUCUCGUCAUGGCGCAACUCUGGUAGCUCGGCGGGUUUCCCCUCCCAAAGUGAGACUCACCUCUUCUGUUAUAGUGAGUUUCGCAACCGUCCUCGUCUAUCCCACCUCGGUCUCUACACUUUAUACUGAUGCGCUUUUCGAGUCCCAUUACUCUACUGUAACAAAGGUAACCGACAUUUCCAAAACUUUCGGUCCUUCGCACUUUCCGGACCCCUCUCAACCCGGCAAACAUGACGAGAAGCCUGAUACAAAAUCGAAGCCGCUCUCAAUCCGGGUUCGCCUGGCAUCAUGGAAUUCCACGAAUGAACACCAGAACGUGAUAUUGAAUCCAAUUCACGACAAGUUGGCGUAUACGAAAUCACCCAAUGCUCUCGUCAGAUCCCAGUCCACCGGCUCGGCGGAGCUCGAGAGUUUCAAGGCUUCGAGGGCGGGCAUGACCGCUGUCGUGGCCGAUGAUUGGGUUGGAACCUCGCUCUUGGAGGUAGGCGUGGAUUCUAGGCAACCGGGGGAUCUGGUUGAAAUAAGGUAUCAGGCUAGCAGAGCUCCCGUCAUGGGCGUCUACCUUGGAUUCGCUGGCGGUCGACAUCACUUUUUCAGCGCCUCUGGCAGGUGGACAAUGACUGUAGGGUUUGGGUCUUUCUUUUCCGUCUCGAAUUUUGCCACCCCGGGAGAGUUGGAACCAAUCCUGGCCGCGAUCCCAGAUUGCAAAACCCCAGACGAGUUCGAUGUUGCCCGCCAGGACGAUAAAGGCCCAUCAAGAGCCGUUGCUUCUUCUUUAAUUGAUAAGAUGAACAAGUUUACGAUGGAUGCUCAGCGUGUUUAUCAAGGCAGCAUGGACGAGUUGGACAGGGCCAGAGAAAUCCUUGCCGACGAUAAAGAAGUCAAGUAUCUCAGCCUUUUCGAAAUCGCCGACAUCCUGCUGCCUGCUUCUUUGAAAGAAAACGGCGAGUUCCCUCCCUACGCUCUCUACGCAGUCCACACGUCGCUGUCUCGCAAUGAGGUUGCUUUCAAGCCUCUCAGCCCCACGAGUGAUUGCCAUCGCCGCGAGCACAUAUUUGAAGUCUUUCCCGUUUCCUUUCACCAAUCAGUCAACCGGGUCGCCACCAUGGUUCGUGAUUACACCACAGAAAAAGCUCGCACCACCUUGGACCCUUCGAAAAGAAGGGUUGAACCGACCCCAUUCGAAAGCUUCAUUAAUAAGGCCCGCUCUCUGGUGCUUGCAAGCCGUGAAACGAGGGAUUGGACCCCGCAUGGUAUUCUUGCCCCCUCAUCAAUUCCCACUGCCUUGCCCAAAGUGGAGUGGUCAGAUGUUGAUUUAGAUAUCAUCGGAUUUCUUCGAUCAUGGGCCAGUUAUGAUCUAUUCGAACCCAGCUCACGAUUCCCCGGCUACGGGGCCACAAUUCUUCGUGCCCUGGAUCUCUACCCAGAUGUAUCUCUUGACCAGUCAAGAGCAUGGACCUUUUUGCAGGAGAUUGGUUCCAUUCGACCCUGGGAAAUACCCUCUCGGUACUCUGUCCGCUUCCCCAAAACGACUAUCAUGAGAUCCGGCGGAUUGGCAAGGAAUAUCCCACCGUUGUUAGAAGAGUCUAGACGAGAAGACUUGGCCGCAGCGUACCGGACGGAUAUGAAGUCAGCUACGGUGUUUUGUAUUGACAGCCCGGGAACCACCAUGGUUGAUGACGGUAUAUCACUCGAACGGACUAGCAAAGACGACGAGUUUUGGAUUCAUGUUCAUGCGGCCGACCCGGCGUCAGGCAUUAAGCCAAAGUCGCAGCUUUCCCAGUAUAUGGAGCUCCUACCCGAGAACAUCUAUCUUCGGGGUCACUUUCAGGCUAUGCUGUCGGCCACCUUGGGUGGCGGCCCCAAGGGCGAGUUUGCGGAGCUUGUCCGUGAAUAUUCCCUUGCAAAUGAUGUUCGCGCCCUUACCUUUAGCGCCAAGGUUGACUCUUCUGGGUCUAUCUUGGACUACAAGAUUGCACCAACACGGCUGGGCAACGUUGUCUAUCUAGAUCCAGCCGACGUGUCUGUCUUUUGUGGUGACGAGGUGGUUAACACUAUCACGCCGUCUCAAUUUUCAGUCGGACUCGAAAACAUAAGGCCUCCGAGCCCGCCGGAUCGCACAAUCCCAAGCCCCGAAUCAUUGGAUGCCUCAGCUCAGGAUGAUUUACUGACAUUGAGUCGUCUGGGUAAAGCAAUUCACAAGAAGCGCCUAGCUAAAGGCGCGUGGCCGUAUUUCUUCCCUACGCCAUCUAUUCGAGUCACAUAUCCCGAAACCCCCACAGACCUUGACCCGGCCAAUCCUAAAGAAUACACCCCCGCCGACCCUUUUAUUGAAGUGAAGCUCAAGGAUGGUCCCAUGGCGUCGGUGGUAGGAAAUACUAUGGUGCUUGCCGGCGAGGUUGCUGCUCGCUGGUGUGCUGACCGCGGAAUGCCCAUUCCUUACCGCCAAGAUGGAAAGUCUGCUCAAAAUUAUGAGAUGGCCCUGAAAUAUGCCACCGACGAACUUUAUCCCCAGAUCCAAAAGGGCAUCGAACCAUCCAUGGAGCAACGAGCGGAGCUCUCUGUUCUCACAGGUGGUGUAGAGAUUGCCGCCACUCCUGGUCCUUAUUUCAUAAUGGGCCUCGACAUGUAUACUAAAGCUACUUCACCCCUCCGACGCUACUCUGAUCUUCUCACUCACUGGCAAAUCCACGCAGCAUUAGCCUAUGAGCAUGAGAAUAAAGUCAAGCUAAAUGGCUCUCAACAUGACCUUGAUCGUAUUCUACCCUUUUCCAAGGAUGAAAUGACAAACACGAUCGCGCUCCUCCACAUGAGGGAGAAGAUGUCACGUCGUGUUUCCCGAGCUGACCGUGACUGGCUCCUCAUAGCUCUCGUAAGGGCUUGGCGUUUCGAGAAGACUACACCAACGUCGUUCCGCUUCACAGUCUCGUCACGAUGGAAGACGGGCCUGGUUGGCAAUCUUGACUUUUACGGUCUAAGUGCCUUCUGCGAUGCCAUUGGCCUGCAGAACAAGGUGCUGAUCAAGGAUGUGAAAGUGGGCGAUCAGCUCGAGGUGGAACUGACCGAUAUCAACGUCCACAGUGGCGAGAUUAUGGUCCAAGCAUUGGACUACCUGGGGCCUCCCAAGGCCGCCUCAGAGGAGUAA